AUGAGCGGCCAAUUCGGGCGCGCCGCGCUGAAGGAGCUGUUGUGCGGCCCGCGGGCCCGGGUGCCCCGCCUGCUGGUGCGGCCCAGCUCCGGGAAGCCCGACGCGGUGCGGCGGCGGCUGGUGGGCGAGGUGAUCCGGCGUUCUGAGAGGCGGAGCUUCCAGCUGGUGGGGAUGAAGAUGCUGCGGGCGCCCGAGAGCGUCCUCGCCGAGCUCUACCGGCACCAUCGGGGGAAGCCCUUCUACGCGGCCCUCCUCAGCCACAUGCGCUCGGGGCCCGUGGUGGCCAUGGUCUGGGGAGGCCCCAACGUGGUGGGCACCUCCAGGGUCAUGGUCGGGCUUACCGACCCGGCUGAGGCUGGCCACGGCACCAUCCGAGGAGACUUCAGCCUCCACAUGAGAAGGAACCUUACCCACGCCUCCGUGGAGGGGGCCCAGCGGGAGAUCCGGCUGUGGUUCCAGAGCGGCGAGCUGGUGGACUGGGCAGACGACGGCUGCCGCGGCAGCCUCUACCCGGCCUGAGCCGCGGGCCACUACCCCCCCCGCGAGGACUUCGCCCACCCCUGUGCCCUGCCCGCCUCCCCUCACCACCUCCCCGACCCCUCUGCCUCAGCCCAGUGGAGCCAACCUAAUGUGCCUUUUGCUAUCCUAAACCAUUGAGAGAUUGGACCAAAUCCUUCUUGCAAAAUGCCAAACCAAUUUGGAGUAUCUUACAAAAGUGGGUAGUUUUACCUCCUCUCCCCCAAAGGGGAGACAUUAAAACUCAUUGUGCUCUGCAACAACAACAAAGCAUCUGGCUAACAGACCUUAGG